AUGAAUUUAAGUCAUUAUUAUUCAUGUAUAAAUAUUUUCGCUAAUGAAAUGAUGGUGAUGUUACCAAAUAAUAAUGUUGAGGAAUUAAAUUUAAAAGUAUUAUCAUUAUUUGAUAAAGGAGAUCUAUUACAAUUUUUCAAUGUUCAAUGUGAUAAUGAAAGACGAAAUAUUAUCAUACAUCAAAAUGAUGAAUUAAUCAAUUCAACAAUAUUAGCCUGUUUCCAUUCAUUGAAUCUAGUACAAAUUGAAAUACAACUAGAAGAAAAAGAACAAGACGAUAAUUCAUUGAAUGAAAAAAAGAUUGUCACAUUAUUCACUGAAAACUUAAUGAAUAAAUUUGUACAAGGUUUACGCAUAACACGUUUACUGAAUAGGAUCAAAUGUCGUCUUCUCAUGGGUCAUGGUCACUUAUUGCGUAAUAUAAUCCAAAUGAUAACAAAUUUGGCUACAAUAAAUGAAACAAUAAUGGAGAUACCAAUUGAACGCUUCAUCGUUGAACCACUUCUAAACGUUGAAGAAUUAUGCUGUAGACAUUUUCUCAGACUUUCUAUAGAAUCUUUCAUUUUACAUUAUUUUAAGCAUUUAGAAAGUAUUAGACCAUUCAAUGAUAACAGUGAUGAUGGUGAUGUUAUACACCUGAAUUAG